AUGGUGGUUGAGAGGCGGCAAUCUAGUGCCCACCGGGCCCAGCCUGACCUUGUUCAGCUCAGUGCAGAGGCUUCGCAGUGCGCCCGAAGGAGUGCCUGGCGCAACGCCUUGGAUCUCCUCAACAGCCUCGCGCGCCGAGCGCUCCGAGCAGACACCAUCUUCUUCAGCACCUGUGUGAGUGCUUGCGAGAAGGCGAGUUCUUGGACCACGGCUUUGGCGCUGUUGCAACAGAUGGACUCGUGGAAGGUGGAGGCCAAUGUCUUUAGCUUCAGCGGAGCCAUCAGUGCAUGUGACAAGCAAGGAGUCUGGGAAGCAGUGAGUGUGCUGAUGGAGCGCAUGGCCACAGAGGGUAUCAGCGGGAAUAGCUACACCUACAAUGCUGCCAUUGGAGCCUGUGCGCGCGCUGGCCAAUGGUGCUCCGCCCAAUGCUUGGCCGCACAACUGGCUCUGCUUGGGACUUCCGGUGGAGCCGGCUUGCGGCGGGACGCAAUCACUGCCAGCAGUGUGGUGGGCACUUUUGAGCAGGCACGCUGGCCUCGGGCAUUGGACGCCUUCGGAUCGAUGGCGCAAGCAGAUGUGCAGCUCAACGACUUCACCUUUACCUCUUUGAUCUCUGCCGUCGACCAUUGGUCCACUACACUCCUCUUGCUGGAGUCGAUGACAGCGCGAAGUCUGCAGAUCACUCCAAUGACAUGCUCAGCAGCGCUGGCACGUGCUUGUGAGGGUCACUGGCAAGCAGCUUUGGCACUUCUUCAUAGCAUGAUGCAGACUCAUUUGGCAGUCAGUGGCAUUCAGGUGGGUGCUCUGCUCGAGAGUGCAUCCUCCUUGGGAAAGCCGCAAAUGUUGGGUCUGCUGAAGAUGCUCAAGUCCUGGGCGAAGCCCUGCAGGCAGAAGGAUCGGUCCUUGGAGGAACAUCUCAUCAGACCCCGUCUGCGGAGCUAUCCAUCCUUUGAUGAGCUGCCCAUCGUCUUCGAGGAUGAGUCCCUUGUGGCAGUGGCCAAGCCCUUUGGCGUUUCCUCCGAAGACUGCCUUCAGAUGUUGGCCUCCAAGUUCCCGGCGCUCACCCGCCUCUCUCGUUUGGAUUGGCCCACCUCCGGGCUGUUGCUGGCGGCCAAGGGAACCCCCGCCAGUGAGACGUCCUGGUGGUUUCUGGCGCAGUUUGCCGGGCGUUUGGUCUCCAAGAGGUAUUUGUGUUUGGUGGCCGGCGACGCAGGUGCCGUUGGGCAUUGCGAGGAGAUUGCUAAGCCCUUGCAGGUUGUGAAAGGCACAAGCUCCAGCUCUGUGGAAGUUCUGGAGGAGGGUGAAGAGGGCCUGGCCGCCCGCACACGUAUCACGUGUCUCGCCCUCUAUGGAAGCGGAGGCCUCGCUUCGCAGCCGGCGGCCUCGCUGCUGCUGGCGGAGCCCUUGACGGGGCGGACGCAUCAGUUGCGCGCGCACCUGGCGCAUGUGGGCUGGCCCAUUGUGGGGGAUGCUACCUAUGCGGCGGAGGGACAUGCGGCAGAGGUCUCUUCUUGGUGUCCAAGGCUCUUCUUGCAUUGCUGGCAGAUGGAUGUCUUCGCAUUGAAUGGUCAGACCAUGACUCUUCAAGCGGAUCUUCCCAAGGUCUUACGCGAUGCACUCAAGAGCUUGAAGCUCCAAGAUGGUGCUUUGCCUGACGAAAAGAACCGCUGCCACAUCCUCGCCCGCGGACGCGCAGAGCUGUCGAGGGUGAGGAGGGUGAAGAGUGAGAUGCCAAGAGAGCAGCAGAUGCUUGCCGUGAUCUUGUUUGCUGCGGACAUUUCUUGGUGCUCGUGGUUUCACCACGGUGUGGGAGUCCUCUUGGUGGACAAGUCCCAGCUUUUGAAUGGCCACUGCACCGAGGCCGAAGAUGACCACUGCAUCCUCCGGUCGAUCCUGCUUGGCUUGAAGAAGUGUCGGUGGUGCAACUCCCAGGAUCCACCGCUGAAUCGACCAGGUCUUAGCCGCCGACCUCCAAAGGGCUCUAUGCAGGCCCUACGGCUCCUGGCUCACCAGGGCUGGUCCCAGCUCGCUGUAGUGACGGAAGACCAGAAGAUGGCAUUCCUGGAAGCCUCUGCCGCAUUCACAGUAGGAGUGAACAUCAUGUCAGUGUUGUCCGAGAACCACUUCCUUUGCAACGCAUGGAGGGGAGUAAAAAAGGCGGUCGCACUGCUGCGCUAUGGCGAUGAGAACUUCAGACACGUGGACUGCCGGCAUGCGGAACCGCGUUCGACGCGGAUGUGCUGCGGGAUGCAGGCGCAGGCGCGCUGUACAAGCGGCCUGCUGUACAAGCGGCAAAGGUGCUACGCCACCAGCAGUGUGCUGUCGAUGGACGGCGGGCGAAAGCGGCGGCUGCGGGCACAGACUGCGCAUGUUGUGGCUUUGGGCCGACAGACUCAGUGGCCAAAGGCAUUGGAGAUCUUACAGCAGAGCCACUCGGAAGCUGAUGAGAAGCUCUACACGGCGGUGUGCGGGGCUUUAGAACGUGCCAGUGCCUGGCAGCAGGUGCUUCGUCUUCACGGCCGUGCUCUGGAGACGGUCCAGCACGAUGAGCGCUUCCUGGGCCUGGCUUGCUCGGCGUGCAGCAAGGGCCGUGCCUGGAGACAUGCGCUCAGCUUGGCCGUGGAGACCGGUCUUCAGAGGCCCGAAACGGCCAAUGCUCUUUUGAGUUGCCUGGACUACAGUGGCCAGUGGCAGCUGGUUCUCCAGAUCUUGUCUCAACUCCCUGAGCUCGAUGUGGUCGCCUUCGGUUGCGCCAUCAGCGCCUGCGCCCGCGCGGCCCAGUGGCGCCACGCCACGGCGCUGCUGUGGCAGUCCGCAGAGGUGGCGGAUGAGGUGACCUUGGGUGCAGCAGUCAGUGCUUGCGACAAGGGCCACGAGUGGCAAAUGGCCUGCGCCUUGUUGUUGGCCAUGCCUCAG